AUGUCAACUAUGCGCUUCGAUCAUCUUCCAAACGAGAUCAUUCUCAUCAUCACUCACUAUUUGUCACACAACGACAUACUCCAUUCUUUCUUUCUCUUAAAUUCACGAUUUCGUCAACUUAUUCUCAACCAUCACUCUUGCACCUCCUUACAACUACCAACAACAAACUCGUCUACUUGGCAACGCAUCCUGUCGCUUCUUGCGUCACAUAUUCAUUCAUUAACCAUCGUCAAUCAUCAUCUCAUUUUCCCACUAGAUCAUUUUCCUAAUCUAACAUCACUCGUUCUCUCCUCGCCUCAUGGCUUUUCCAACAAGCAGCUCACUCGCAUCAUAGAAAGUGACUGUUUUUCCCGACUGCGCUCGUUGCAUGUCGAAGAUACAGUGGUACGGAAACGAUCAUACAAGUACGAAGAACUCGAUAGUGAGCAAAUAUUAUUUGAGAAAGUGUUUAACGAUGGAAACAAGUUGGAAAUGUUUGAAUAUGUGAAUGAAGUGGAGAGUUUGGAACGGCGAAGGUUUGCUGGUUUGACAUGGAAUGUUCACAUUCGAUCAUUGAAAAUCCGCUUAGAAGUACUCCAAAAUGUGUUUUGUUUUCUCCCGUAUACUCCAAAUUUACGUUCCUUACAUAUACGGGCUCCAUUUCCGUCUGAGACAACAUUACCAAACAACUCGGAAGAGUUUUCUGAAAUUGCACUGGAAGAAUUCUUAUUCUAUACCGACAGUACGCUCUCGCCCAGAAACGCGACAGUUUUCGAUCGCAUUCACUUACAUGUGCUUAUGCAUAUAAUUCAGAUCUUUUCGUCCACACUUGUUACUUUAUCAUUAAGAUGUUCGUAUUGUGCUUUGGUUAACAUCGCUGAACACGAGAAACACCUUCUUUUGAACGGUUACGAACUCGAAAACGAAUUGUUAAAAUCAAUGAUUGAAUUAAAAAACUUUCAUCUCUACGUAGAAACAUAUAAAAACGAAUAUUCUCUCCCAACCGUUAUAUCAACAUUUCGAAGCCAAUUUUGGCUGGAUCAUAAUUGGAUAAUUAACGGUCAUCUUGUUGACAACGCUAUCUGCUUAUAUUCAUUACCGUUCCCAUUUAGUGAACUCCCAGCUGUCCAAAACUUUGAUAAGAUUAUAAUAAAUCAUUAUGAAAAAUUAACAUUCGGGUCACGUUUGUGGUCUAAUAUUACUUCGCUUGGAAUAUACGUCGUUAAUCAGACGAAUACUACGAGAUUGUUUCGAUUUCUGAAAUUGAAUUUACCGAAAGUGAAAUCACUUCAAUUCUUUGGCUUGAGAAGACUCGAGAGUUGCACGGAAAGUGAUCAUUUGAUCUUUGCCGAGAAACUAAACGCUAUUGAUGUCACAUUAUAUCAUGUCACAACUAUCCAAUUUGAACUUAUCCAAAUAGAACACUUAAAAGCAAAGUUUUUUCACAAAUUUCCACGUUUCAACCGUUUGAUAUUAAAAGCCACUGAUUUACCACCGAUAGAUCAUGAGUUAACUGAAGUAUUCAACAAACAGCUGCAACGUUUGGAAGUGACUGAAUCAGUCAAUUUAGCCACAAUUAAUCAUCAGUGCCUUCCAAAUUUAGAAUAUCUACAACUCACGUUGACGUAUGCACGUGGCUCACAAAAAGUUGAACAGCUAUGUACGAAAAUCGACAACUUUUUACGAAAUCUUCCAAAACUGCAAUGCUUAACGCUCUUCUCACUAUUUGUUGGUUAUGAACCGUUGCUAACUUUGCAAUUAUCAAUAGCUGACCUACUGCAAACAGAAAUAGCGGAUAAAUUUGAAGUCCAACAAAGCUCGUGUUACCAACGAUUUGUACGGAAAACAAACCAGAUAUGA